CGUAUUUCUAAAAAUAUAUUCAGUUUGUUGCCAUCGGUAUUAAAGCGCAUAACAGGAUAUAUUUCUUGGAGAAAAAUGAUGGAGGAUGUAAAAUACUUUAUUGUUUUGCUUUUUGCGUCCAGCAUAAGUCCGCUGAAAACUCAAUAUAGAAUAGGAGGACUUUUUAACGAUGUUGUGCACCAAGUAGCCUUCCAAGUUAUAAUUAACGAUUUAAAUAACGAGAAUUUGGAUUCGUCAUUUGAAUUUAUACCAGAUCCCUUUAAUGCCUCGUAUUUCAAUAGCUUAGAGGCUAGGAAAGGAGUGUGCACACUUUUAGAACGAGGUGUGAUAGGUAUUUUUGGUCCUAGCUCGCUACAUACAUCGAACUAUAUUCAAGCCAUAUGCGACCAAAAGGAAAUACCUCAAGUUGAGAUUCAUUACGAUAGCAAAAUUGACAGGAAUAAGUGUGUUGUUAAUCUACACCCUCAUCCAAAUGAAAUAUUUCAGUUCUUUAAACAUUUGAUUGUUUCUCUUGGAUGGGACAAGGUAGUUGUCCUAUUUGAAGAUAACGAGAGUUUACUAAGAGUUUCGCCACUGCUCGAACUAAAUAUGGAGUAUGGGGUGGAUCUUAUUUUCAAACAAUUGGAGAAAGAUAGUACAGGAAGUUACAGACAGAUUUUAAAUAUUCUAAAGAAGAUGCCAGAGAAAAAUAUAAUAUUAGAUUGUUCAAUUAAUGUCCUAGAAGAAGUACUAACUCAAGCCCAACAAGUGGGAAUAAUGACAGACGACUACUAUUAUAUCCUAACAAAUUUGGAUAUGGGAGCAAUCAACCUAGAACCAUUUAAAUAUGGUGGUGCCAAUAUUACUGGGGCUAGAAUUUUUGAUCCAAAAAGUGAAAGAGUUUUAGAAAUCAACGACAAAAUUUUGGAUAUCUUGAGAAUUCCUGAAGAAGACAAAGAAAUGUGGACUAUGAGACUUUCUACUGCCCUACUAAUAGACGGAAUACAUUUAUUUUAUAAUGUUAUUAAAGAAAUGACUUCAGUUCAGAAUGAAAUAAGAGCUGAGAGUCUGGAUUGUAGAGACUUCAAUUCGUGGAAAUUUGGAUAUACCUUAGCCAAUCAAAUAAAAGGAAAUGAUUUUCAUGGAGCUAUCACUGGAAGUAUUAAAUUUGACGUCGAAGGUUUUAGAAGAGAUUUUAAUAUAGAGUUAUUGGAACUAACAGAACCUGGUUUGAUAAAAGUUGGAGAGUGGAAUACAAUGAAAAAAGUGUUGCAUAUUAAGAGGCCACAUAAUGAGGUUGUGGAGGAAGGCACUACUACUGAACCAAAUUUAUUUAAUAGAACUUUUAAGGUUAUUACGGUUUUGACUGAUCCUUACGUCAUGAUCAAGCAACUACCUGACCAGUUAAUUGGAAAUGACAGAUACGAGGGAUUUGGUAUCGACGUCAUUCACGAGCUAUCUCUGCUUCUUGGUUUUAACUAUACAAUCUUGGAGCAAAAAGAUGGAGUUAUUGGUAACUUGAAUCGUAACACCAACCAGUGGAAUGGAGCCAUUAGAGAAAUUAUGGAUGGAAAUGCAGACUUGGCUAUUACUGAUUUAACUAUUACUUCUGAGAGAGAAACUGCUGUUGAUUUUACUAUGCCCUUUAUGAACUUGGGUAUCAGCAUAUUGUACAGGAAACCAAUACCCGUACCACCCAGUCUCUUCAUGUUUACUUCCCCUUUUUCCACUUCAGUAUGGGUAAUGCUGGGAGUUGCAUACAUGUUAGUGUCCAUAGCCAUAUUCAUCAUGGGCAGACUGUCGCCAAGCGAAUGGACCAGUCCAUUUCCAUGUAUUGAGGAACCAGAGUAUCUUAUUAACCAAUUCAGUAUAAGAAAUUCUUUGUGGUUUACUAUUGGUGGUUUGUUGCAACAAGGAUCUGAACUUGCACCUACUAUAUCUAUUCGUACAGUUUCCGGAGUUUGGUGGUUCUUUGUGCUGAUUAUGGUGGCUUCCUACACAGCCAAUUUAGCGGCCUUUCUUACAGUGGAAACUUUAGUAACUCCUUUUAAAAAUAUCGACGAGUUAGCCCGACAAACUGAUAUAUCUUAUGGAGUAAAGAAAAAUGGAGCUACUGAGAACUUCUUUAGGGAUUCUAAUGUCAGUAGUCACAGGAAAAUUUUUAAUUUUCUUCGGGAACAUCCAGAAAUGAAUACAAAAGAUAACGAAGAAGGUGUAAUGAGAGUUGAGAAUGAAAACUAUGCUUUCUUUAUGGAGUCAACCUCUGUCGAGUAUAUUGUGCAACGGCACUGCAGUUUGGCUCAAGUUGGAGGUUUACUAGACGAUAAAGGAUAUGGCAUAGCAAUGAAGAAAUAUUCACCAUAUCGCAAUGAUCUGAGUACCGCCGUUUUAAAACUUCAAGAAACCGGUAAACUAACACAACUAAAAAUAAAAUGGUGGAAAGAGAAGAGAGGAGGUAGUACAUGUUCGGUUUCUUCUGAGAGUGCUUCAGCUGAAGCUUUGGAUUUGAAGAAUGUCGGAGGUGUAUUUCUAGUUCUAUUUCUGGGAGCUAUUUUUGCAUUAAUAGGCUCGUUUCUGGAGAUGGCCGCUAGUAUAUACAAGAGAUGCAAGAGCUCCAAUUUGAACUUCAAAGAAGAACUACGCAAAGAGCUGGCCUUUACUCUGAAGUUUAAAACCAAUGUGAAAGAAGCUCCUAUGAAAUCCAUAUCAGAUACCAAAAGUAUUUAAUAUGCUUCUGUAACUUUAUUGUGACAGUUAUUAUGGAACGAGAAAACAUAGAUAUUAGUAUAUUAAUAGAUAAAGGAAACAAGUUUAGAUUGGAAUGCUCGGCUUGCCGCCAAAACCGAUAAGCCGAUUGUUUUGGAGCGCAUUCCUUGUAUGGCGCUGCUAUAGCGGUUGCUAAGAACAACCGCAAACAAGAACAGAAAUAAUAUUCUCUUGCCAAAGUCAGGAUCAUAGACAAACAAAUAAAAAGAGACUGACAAAUCCCAUGGUAAAGAGUGGGACCGCGUUCCCAUAGCGCAACUCAGAAUAACAAUUUUGAAACCAAUUAGCAGGACCAUGGCAGGA